AUGAACGGGCUGCCCUCGGCUGAGGCGCCGGGCGGCGCGGGCUGCGCUCUAGCCGGGCUCCCGCCGCUACCGCGCGGCCUGAGCGGCCUCCUCAACGCGAGCGGGGGCUCGUGGCGGGAGCUGGAGCGCGUCUACAGCCAGCGCAGCCGCAUCCACGACGAGCUGAGCCGCGCCGCCCGCGCCCCGGAUGGGCCCCGCCACGCCGCCGGCGCCGCCAGUUCGGGGCCAGCCGCCGGCCCGCGUCGCCCGGUCAAUCUCGACUCGGCACUAGCCGCGCUGCGCAAGGAGAUGGUGGGAUUAAGGCAGCUGGACAUGUCGCUGCUGUGCCAGUUGUGGGGCCUGUACGAAUCAAUCCAGGACUACAAACACCUGUGCCAAGACCUGAGUUUAUGCCAGGACCUGUCAUCCUCCCUGCACUCGGACAGCUCCUACCCACCGGAUGCCGGCCUCUCUGAUGAUGAUGAGCCUCCUGAUGCCAGCCUACCCCCUGACCCACCACCCCUCACUGUGCCCCAGACACACAACGCCCGAGAUCAGUGGCUGCAGGACGCCUUCCACAUCAGCCUCUGAAGAGCUGGGGUGGGUGGCAAUGCACCCGUGCAAAAGGCUCAAAACUCUCCCUUGAGCAAGUCCUCAGAAGACAGUGCCUGCUCUUCCACCUGUACCACCUCACUUCUCAGGAGAGCCAGGCAUAUGCCCCUCAGGCAAAACUGCCAACCCCCUCCUGGUUGGCUGGCACUGGGUGGGCACCUGGGUUGCCCACGGUACUGGGCCUCCUCUUCUCCCAUAUACGUGCACCCCAGCUUGGCAGUGGGGCCCAAAGUAUCUUGCACUCUCCUUGGCAUCAUGGGAUUGGGAUGAGUGCCUGGCUCCCAUCUUUUUUUUUUCAUCUUUUGCUGCCACUGGCAGCUGCUGGCUCAGGGGCAUCCCACCUCCAGUCCCUGGGAUCCACUGCCCUGGAUAAGGGCCUCAGGACCCAUGCCUGCACCUAUCCAAGGCCAUAAAAGGCUAAGGCCCCAUGCUGGAUAUUUAAGUUUAGGGGCCAGCCUCCUGGGCUGGUAAAUAAAUAAAUAAAUACUCUCGGA